CUACAUUACCAUCGCGAAAAGAAAUGUUUUUUGAACUUCGCGUUUAGAUCGGCAUGACAAGCAGCAUGCAUAUAGAGCAAGGUCUUCGAUUGAUGCUUGCUUUCUAGGCUUGGACCUUGCCCCUCCUAACUGUCUCCAGACACGGAGGCAAGCCUUGGCAGCCAGCAGAGCUAUUGGGAUUUGAGACAGCUGUGACCCGCCCUUUUUCUUCAUUCUAGAACGGUGUGAAAUUAUAUUUUCCUCUGUAUCGUGCCAGAACUUUGCUCUCUUCCUUGCCGUAAUUAUCGCCACUCGUUCAAAAGGCCGUCUUCGCCGUUGGUGGCCCGCGACUCCUGCUUCACGAGUUUUUCUUCGUUUUCGCCAUCGAGACACGUUUCGCAUGUUUGUUUUCGAGUUUUGUGUAUGUUGAGAGAUGCGGAAAACGCUAUUAUGCAGUGGGGGAUCUUUCGUCUUCAUGAUCUGGACGUACACGGGCUCUGUUCUCAGCACUUUCUCUUUUGCGUGUAUGUAGGACCGUCGGUCAAACGUUUAAGAAGCGCUUGCCGUGUACACCAGAGACUUGCAACUUCCUCUCGUUUUUGCUUCACGGACUGGCAUUGUAAAAGGCUGACUCGCGAUUUUUCGUCCAACGUAACCUUUCUGGGCGAAGUGGUUAAGCCGGCAACGAACGGCUGUUUAUUUUGAGGAGCAUAUGGAGUCGGGAAGUCCGUUUCAUUCCAGGGGACAGCCAAGUCAAGAGUCGUACGACACCCCUGCAGCACCUGCGUUGGACUUGUGCACGUUGAAUGCGCCUCAAACGUGACUUCCGUGUCAAGAUGGCGUCUUUGCUGGACAUGACAUUCGGGAGUGACAGCGAGGAAGAUGACGAAGACUACGCUGGUUCUGCUGGCUCGUCCGAGGUAUCUGGGGAGGACGCAAGUGACGAUGACGAGCAACCAGCGACUCAUGCAGGCAUACGGAAACACGGCGAUUCGUCUAACCCUUCCCAGGCAGCGGCUUCUGCUUCGGCGACGGAGGCGGUAGCAGAGCUGAGAGAAGGCAGCGCGCUGGAGGGGGCUGACGAGAGCGAGAUGGCAGCGGGGAGACGUAAACCUGUCAUUUUGUCCAGCAGCCGAAGAAAGCGGCUGCUUAGAGGAAAACACAAAGAGGACGAAAGGCGAAAGUCAAAUGCUGCCAAGAAGGCAGAAGCAGAGGCACGGAAGGAAGAAGCCGCGUCUCUCUUUGCGGAAAUGGAAAAGGAAUCUCGUGACGCUCUCCUUUCGUACAACUCCCCGACUCCGACAGACGACUUCUUGUUACAGUUCCACCGCCGCUGUCCUUCGACUGGAGAAAAGAGAAACAGCACGUGGCAGAAACUGAACCAUCACCUGUCCAUUGCGGUAUCCGCUCUUCAGCAGUCGCCAGCUUCUCAGCUUGGUGGCAGUGAGCCCGCGUUCGCAUGCUCCACGGAUGCACCGAACAGUGGAGAGAAAGCAGUUUCACGAGGAUAUCUGGAACUGAGGGCAGCGGCAGGCGCCGGUGCCUCUGCUGCCGUGGGGUCGAGGGAGGCGACCGAUCCAGUGGGGUACGGAGACCAGAAAAGCGCAGAAGACUUCAAAGAGCCGCGUGGACAUGUGCCCCUCCCGUCAAACGGUGUGAACUGUGCAGAAGCAGCGUUCAGUAUCCGAGAAUUCAAAAAGAGGUGCCGUCGCCCAACAGAUGCGGCGCUCAUCAAGCUGAGAGACGAAGCCAUGAAAAGUCUAGAGAUGACAGGAGAGGUGAUUGUGAAGAAGGUAGCGCGCUUCGCUGGCCAGAAUAUCGAAGUCGAAGAGCGCAUGGAGGCUGCGUCAGAAGAGUACCAGAAGUUCCUGCAAAAGCAGCAAAAGACAAUGCAACUUGGGGGACAAUUUGCCGAGCUCGACGGCAUCGUUGCUGCACUGGAUGGACCUUCGGCCAUCAACUCCGUACAGAAGUCCCAGGCUGACUGGGAAAAAUUCAAACGAGAUAAGGGUAUCGAAGCGGAGCUCAAGAAAGGUCACGGAUAUCUGGACAAGCAGAGCUUCCUUGCCGAGACCGAGUGGCGCCAACACGAAAAGAACGUUGAGUUGCGCCGGCGGCAGCAGCUCCAGCAGCAAGCUCAACAGCAACCGCCGCGUGCUUGAUAUUUUCGUACUCCCAUGAGAGCAAGCACGUCAAAGCGAACUCCUUUGUACAUCAAGGAAGAUAUGAUUUUUUUCGUACACCAAAAACUACUCGGGGGCAAAUCUAGUGCGUGCUUUUCGUCUUAUCACUACGGGUAUGCUGCCAACAGCGAGGGUCGUCUAGCUUCUCUAAGCCUAAACGCAUACGAUUCUGGCUUCGUGUCAUCCAUCAUAUUCCUUGUUUUUGGUGGUUUCUGAUUGUGCAAAUACCUGGGCAUCCGGACUGAACAUGAGGCCAUGUAUGUAUACGAGAGUGCUUGAGCCUCUCGUGCAUGAGGCCCCCUCACAAACGGAGUAAUCCACUACGUGGAACCGUGCCUGGGAGAGAAGUCAAUAACCACCAGGAUGGCUGUACAGCUGAAUCUAAUGAGCAGGAGUAGUGGAGAAUGUCAUCCAACUGACUUGGAUCGUGUGAUUUUGCUCACACACCCUCAUCCUCACUGUGUCUAUCCUAAGGGCACAUGGGCAUUCGAACUGAUUCUGAAACUCGAAGCAAUCAAACCAGAGUGGUUAGGAUUAUGAGAUCACUUUGUUACAUCUGGAGCGGCGUUCGUGGCCGUGGGGAUGUUCCAAAUUCUAAGGACUAAUCGCUUAUCAUGGAAACGCGCCAAGACUAACUCUAGGGCACUGUCGUGCCGUGAGGCUGUCACCGGGCUGCCUUCAAGUACGCGUUCAUAAUCAUGACACAACAGUGUGGUGUUAGCAAACGGAUGCGUCAUGAUAAGUUUAAUGGUAUGUUGUGCUGGUUACUCACUUUCCUCUACACAGCAGGCGCCGGCGCUCAGAGGUAAUAGAUACGUACGUGCAUAGGAAUCAUGUGGAUCGUUUAUCUAUUGCUGGAAACCGACAAGUUGGUUGCUUAUCGGUGAAACGCCGUGAAUACUAUACAAUCAUGACGAGGCACCACACACGG